UUGGCUGCAGCACAGCUUUUAGAAACAAUCACCAUCAAAAUGACCAUGGACAAGAUUAUCUUUUAUGAGGACAGGAACUUCCAGGGUCGUUCCUAUGAGACCAGCAGCGAUUGUUCUGACAUGUCCUCCUACCUGAGCCGCUGCCACUCCUGCAGGGUGGAGAGUGGUUCCUUCAUGGUCUAUGACCGCCCCAACUACAUGGGAAACCAGUACUUCAUGAGGAGGGGAGAGUACUCUGACUAUAUGAGCAUGAUGGGAAUGAAAGACUGCAUCAGAUCCUUUCGUCAUAUCCCCAUGCAUAGAGGAAACUACAGGAUGAAAAUCUACGAGAGGGAGAAUUUCGGAGGUCAGAUGAUGGAGCUGAUGGAUGAUUGUGACAACAUCAUGGAUCGUUACCGCAUGUCUGACUGCCAGUCCUGCAACGUCAUGGAUGGCCACUGGCUGAUGUACGAGCAGCCUAACUACAGAGGCAGGCAGAUGUACAUGAGGCCUGGAGAAUACAAGAGCUUCAGGAAUAUGGGAAUGGGAGGUACAAGGUUCAUGAGCAUGAGGCGUAUCAUGGACUCCAUGCAAAACAUUUGAAUUCAAUGUCUGACAACCUCAAGCAUAACAUUUUAAUAAAUUGACGUUUUCUC